UAAUCAUAUUGCGUAUAUUUAAUCGAAGCAUUUAAUCGUAGAAUUCGUCUUCGUGCAUCGCUUUCAUAGUGCGUGUUUUCCCCUCCACUCGAAUCAGCAGGCGUUUGUAGUAGCAGAGCAGUAGAUCCUUGCAGGUCAUAGAAGGCAUAGCUCGAAGCGAAGAGAAAAUCCUUGCGAAGAAGCUGAGUUUUUCCGUGUGUCCAAACGCCCGACGCCACGGUCUCGUGUGAAAGUUUAAGAAAAAAGUGCUUCCGUUCGCUGCUGCCUGCGGAAUUUCCAGCCCCGGCCUCAGUGGUCCGUUCGCGAGUUGCAGUUUUCAGUUCGACUUCCGCUCUACGCUCCCGGCACACCCCUGCUGUACGACUGUUUUGCGAAACCACAACCGCGCGCGUAGUGUAACCUAACUUAAUCUCCCAAGCGGCAACGAUGGAGCACCAGAGUCAGGACCUCGGCUCGCACCAGGGCAACAAUCAGGCGGAAGUGCCAAAUGACCCGGGGAAAAUGUUCAUCGGUGGUCUCAGUUGGCAAACAAGUCCAGAAAGUUUGAGAGACUACUUUAGCAAAUUUGGAGAAAUCACAGAAGUAAUGGUUAUGAAAGAUCCCACCACCAGACGGUCAAGGGGUUUCGGCUUCAUCACAUUCGGCGAUCCCGCAAGCGUAGACAAAGUGUUAGCACAUGGUACACAUGAAUUAGAUGGCAAAAAGAUCGACCCCAAAGUAGCAUUUCCUAGGAGGGCACAUCCAAAGAAGUUCCCCUAA